AAGCAGGGAAACCUCACGUGCCUCUGAUGCGCCCUGCAGAAUGAGCCCUAGUGAUCCUCCAGCGAUACUAAACAUCAUCUGAUAAUACACAACGGUCCACCGAUACCGGAGUGAACGCCGAUUUCUUAAAGGCGCAGUGACACCUGCAUCCUCCUCGCGCGCGUUUGUGCGUCACAUCGAGGUUCCCCUCACAUCUCAUGAACCGACACCGAAUCAACCACCAGAGCAGAAACCGGGGAAAUACUCGACGUUUAACGGCGUUUGGCGGAUGCACGCGAGCGGACGGUGACCGUGUGAGGUGUUGCGGGUUUUUCCUCGUCGCGUUCGGGUGGAGUCGAGCCACAUACUGAAGUCUGACCACUGACACACUUCAGGACUCAAUCAUGAAGGACGGAAUGGCCAAUAACAGCACCGCCAGCAUCUCUCAGGCCCGGAAAGCCGUGGAGCAGCUGAAGAUGGAGGCCUGCAUGGACAGGAUAAAGGUGUCCAAGGCGGCGGCGGACCUGAUGGCGUACUGUGACGCACACAUACGAGAGGACCCGCUCAUCGUGCCCGUCCCGGCCUCGGAAAACCCCUUCAGGGAGAAGAAGUUCUUCUGCACCAUCCUCUGAGGCCGGGCCGGGCUGCAGGUUCUGCCGUGAGGUUUCCACGUCUCUGGCUGCUGCCGUUGAGCUGUGUUUGAGUGGCAGCCGCCGCGUCUGUUGAUGGUCCGACCCCUCCCGGAGGCCUGUGGGGGUUUUUGGGGGGGAGUCAAUUAACUUGGCAACCCAGUCAGAGCAUCUCAUGUCUCGUUAACUAGGUUUGUUAUUGCUUCGUAAUUAGAGAACAGCCUUUCUCACUGCUUAUGGGAUGAGAGAGAUUUUUAUGUGUGUAUUUGUUCCAUUUUGCCUCAUUUCAUGUGCCACAGAGGAUGUGAAACCCUGACGGGUGGCCGUUUUAUAAUGUUAUUUAGACAUUUUUUUAAAUAAAACGAUUCUAUAUUUAAUAUGCACUGCCCAGUCAAAUGUUUGGACACACUUAAGUGAAUCUUCAAAAAAAGCUUGUGCAUUGAUAAUUGAAAUUGUUGAUAAAUUGUGAAUAUGAAUGAAUUUGUUUACAAAACUGAAAUUUGAUCAAAACAUUCAAACUUUUGGAGUGGAUAGUGAAAUAAAAGCAAAGCGUCCCAGGAUGAAGUUGGUGGGUGAGCGAUAAAGAAGCUCAAAUAUAAGAGAGUUUUGUUUUCGAUCACUUCAUCAAUCCAAGUUAUUUAAUAGGUUUCAUUACUUCACUAUUUUCUGUUUAUUAAGGAGCCUUGCACAUGACAUGCAAGAAAAAAAAGUAAACCGUGCGGACAUUUUACUAUUUGGUUCCCUCGAUUUACUAAAUCGUGCAGACGUUUUACUAAUUCAUUCCCUCAUUUUGCUAAAUGGUGCGGACGUUUUACUAUUUAAUUCCUGUGAGGACGUUUUACUAUUUCAUUCCCGGACGUUUCACUAUUUCAUUCUCUCGAUUCGUGAGGAAGUUUUACUAUUUAAUUCUCUCCAUUUGCUAAUGGUGCGGACGUUUUACUAUUUCAUUCCCUCGAUUUGCUUAAUCGUGCGGACGUUUUACUAUUUCGUUCUCUUGAUUUGGUAAAUCUUGCGGACAUUAUUUCAUUCUCUCAAUUUGCUAAAUUAUGCACACGAUUUAUAAAUCGAGGUAACAAAUGAGUAAAUCGUGCGCAAGAUUUAGCCUACUAUUUUUUUCCUGCAUGUCAUGUGCAGGGCUCCAUAGUUUUUGAAUAAUAGUCGUAAUAAAGAACGAUUUUACAAUAUUUCUGUUUUUAAUAUAGCCUAUUUAGAUCACAUAAAUUCAGCAUUGAUGAGCAGAAGAAAUAAUGAAGAACGCACAGAUGUGUCCAAACUUUUGACUUGUCAUGCAUCUGUACUAGAAUGAUUCCCAUUUUUUAAGAUAUUUUCUAUCAAGCAUUUUUUUUUCACCUCAUGCGAAUCAAAUCAAAUCUUAUCCAGUUUCCAAGUAACAUUGUGAUAAUCAGAACAGGAUACCACGCUGAAAGUGAAUACAGUUUUCUACCCCUUCAGACCUGAGAAAUUAAUUCUGAAUCGGUGCAGUUUGAGUUCAAACAUUCGACGAUAGUCCUCCUGCUGCUUUCCGGGAUCCGCUGGCCCUCGAGAUGUUGCUCUGUGCGUCCGGAUGAGGGUUUGACCGUACAGAUGUUAACGGCCCCAUCUCGCAUAUAAACUCGCAUGUGAUUGGACGGAUUAACUAGAGUUCCUAAUAUCAUCUGUGCCGAUAACUGUGAGAUCACAUUAUUUUCCUCUUUAUCACAAAGUUAUUUGGAGACUUCACACUCGUACAGUUGAUAUUUAAAGCUAAAGUGUGUCAUUUUGGAACGGCAAAACAUUUCAAACGGGGUUCCCGAACGGGAAAAUCACCGCGUUCAACCUACAAAUCACUCAUUUUAUACAGUAAUGGCCAAACGUGAAAGGGGAUGUUUGUUUUUAAUGACACUACAGAUUCAAUUAAACCAUCAAAAUAUGAGGAAGAUAUUUUUAAAUAUGAGAAAGAGCAAAACACUAAACUUUAAGGUUGCUAUUUAUCUGAAAAAAAAAAAAUGUAUUUGGCGCAAACUUCAGCUACAGGUUUUAUUUUACUAGGCCUAUACAAAAAAAUAAAAAAAUGCAUAGAAAAACAAAAAGUUCACAGGAUAAAGCAUUCAUUGACUACAACAUGAUAAGUUAUUAAUAUUUCAUUGGUUCUCUAUUGUUUUGGCAUGUGUUUAUAAUUUCCGUCAUAAUUCGGCGAAAUUUGGCAUGUUUCAUCGCGUUAUCACAAAUAAAACAACUGACUCCAAGCUAGAGCGAUUAAUCGUUAAAAGAUCGCGAUCUCCAUUUAAAUACACACGUGACUUUGUUCCUAAAUGACAACAAGCUUGUUCGAGAUUGGCGCAGCGCAGAACGUAUCAAAGUACCGCGAGAGCAUAUGACUCCUUAUGCUUUUGAAUCGCUCUCGCGGUACUUUGAUAUCGAGCCUAACGGUUCGCCUGUCUGUUAAACCUUUCAUAAAAUCACACCGAAACAUUCAAACAGUCUUUUCAACCACACAGUAUCAUUAUUUCUGUGUUCCUGAUAUUCAGAUAAUCACAGAAGUACUUAUAUUAUAAGUGCAUAUAAUCGCUGAUAUCUCCUGUAGCGAUCAAAAUAGAGUAACUUGGCGCUUCAAAUAACGGCUAUAUCAUCUGCAUUUUUACGCCACUAGGUGGCGACAAGUGACUUAAAAAUGUAUGUCAUUCAAUCAUUCAUUCAAGAGAUUUCGUUCUAUAACACUGAUUCAUCCAGUAAUGAAACAAGCGAAGUAUUUACAAGUGAGUCAUUGAAUCAUUCAUUCAAACCGUUUUUUUUUAAAAUAAUUAUUUCAUAUUAAAUAAACAUUUUUAAAUAGACUGCAGUAAUUUUUUUUUAUCAGAACCUCUAAGUAAAUUACAUGUUAUUUUGUUUAGUUAAUCGUGAUCUCUAUUUGAAAAAAAUCAUCAUUCUCAAUUUAUCCAGAAUUGUGCAGCUCUACUCUAAGCAAAAGUACGCGAUAUGAUUACAGAAACCUUUAAUAAUGUUUUAAUAAAGGGUCAAUGUCAAUUUUCCUAGUCCAGACAUCACUUUUGGCCACUACUGUAAGUGACUCUUCACCUUAUAAGAGGAUUUAUUAUUAAAAAAAUGUCAUGCAUCGCAUUUAAAUUCAGUCUGAAUUAGAUUUAAAUGCAUUUCAUUGAAUUUGACCUUUUUAUUCAAUGAAAACUUGAGCUUCCCACAUGCAAACAGGCAGAUUCAUUCCUCAAAUCACCUUCUUGCUAAUGAUGAUGAUUUCUUCACACUUUCUGAAUGGCCUUACUAACGCUGGGCAUGUUUCACAAUAGUUUUUGAGUUGUUUUGCCUGUCCUGAUUUAAACAGCAAGGCCUUUGACUGAAAUGCCAAACGGAGAGCCUGCAUGUGUGUGUGUGUGUGUGUGUGUGUGUGUGUGUGUGUGUGUGUGUGCGCGCUCAUAUAGAGAGUUGGUUUCUGAGUGCCAAGUACUGUGACUAUGGCGUGUCCUCUACACUGUUAUUUCACAGGCUUUUUCCUAUUCAAAACAAACAAACAAACAAAAAAAAAGCACAAUGUCAAAUGUCUUUUCUUUAUAUCACUGUAUUUUAGCCUAGCCUUUGCUAAUUUAUACAAGACCAAGUGUUAUUAUAUUUAAUGCACAGCACCUGAUUGAGGUGUUGCUUGUGUAACCUGUAUUAAAGCCCCUUUAAAGUGUGCUGCGGUGGAUGGAUGGAGGUCCAGGGUCUUUUGACACCCAAACUUUUGGCAACAUCUUCUAUCUGGAGAAGAUCCACUUCAAAGUGCACAGAUGUAUAUUUGAAAUGCUAAUGUUGCAUGAGAUAGCCUUUACAUUAAGAGAAACAAAGAGUGUGUAUGUAGGGUUGGUAUUUAAAAUGAUGCUGUGUUCGAAACGCUUAAACAUUUACUUUUAUAAUGCCGCUAAUGCUCCACGUGUUCAAUGAGAAUGAGGGUUUGUUGGGUUUCCAAGCCAAUGAAAUGGAGAUUUCUACAUAAUUGCAGUACAGAUAAACCCCAAAAUGUAAAUGAUCUUUUAAAUAUUAUUAUUAUUAUUAUUAUAAAACCAUAACUUGCAUGGACUGAUUACCCUAUUUAAAUAUUAGAACUUUGAGAUACCUUGUAAUUGAAUCAAUGCCUAAAUGUAUGGAUUUGUUGGUGCUUUUCUGCACUUUUCUCUUUUAGAAGUCUGAAUGUGUAGAUCUGUGCAGUUGUACAAUAAACAUUUUAAAACUGUC